AGACAGGGAGAAAGGAGGGAGAGAGAGGGAGGAUACAGUGCAAUAUCAUGAGAGGGAGAGAGCAAAACAGAGAGAGUAAUAGAGGAGGCAAGAGCACCUUCAGGCAGAAGGAGGAAUAAGAAAAAAUAGGAAAAUCCUGUCUGUGCUGCUAAAGCUGUUUACAUCCUAGGUUGCUGAAGACAAGGAGGGGCUGUGACUGAAGUGAGAGUGCUGCUCUAGCUGGGUCCAGUUCUAAGGAUGCCCGGGGUGUAAGUGAGGUUCUAUAGCGGUUCCACAGCACCACCAGGCAGGAACCAACGCUGGGAUGCAGAACCUAAGACAUGCAGCCACGGAGGCUUUCCAUCGCCUGGGUCUGAAGCAAAGACAGCUGGGAUAUGAGGAGUUGGAUGAGACAGACCCGUCCUACUCCAAGCCCCAGCCUCACUGGUUCCACACGCUGCAGGUCCGCAGGCUGACGGUCCAGAGAGGACGCAGCAACAGUGACCCUAUGGGGGGAAAGAGUUUCGAUCAGGACUUCCAAUGGAAAACAGGCCUACAGUUUGGCACAGCCAACUCCUACCUGAACCUGGAGAAAAUAGGGGAGGGGACAUACGCUACAGUCUACAAGGGAAUCAGCCGGAUAAACGGGCACCUGGUGGCCUUGAAGGUGAUCCGUAUGAAGACUGAAGAAGGCGUACCAUUCACUGCCAUCCGGGAGGCUUCCCUCCUGAAAGGCCUGAAACACGCCAACAUUGUCCUGCUCCAUGACAUCAUCCACACCAAAGAGGCACUCACAUUUGUCUUUGAGUACGUACAAACAGACUUGGCUGAGUAUAUGACGCAGCACCCAGGGGGGCUGCAUUCCUACAAUGUCAGGAUCUUCAUGUUCCAGCUACUGCGGGGUCUGUCCUACAUCCACGGUCGGAGGAUCCUGCACCGGGACCUCAAACCCCAGAACCUGCUCAUCAGCUACCUGGGGGAGCUCAAACUGGCUGACUUCGGGCUGGCCCGGUCCAAGUCCAUCCCGUGCCAGACCUAUUCGUCUGAGGUGGUCACUCUGUGGUACCGGCCUCCUGAUGUCCUCCUGGGUUCCACUGAUUACUCCACUGCUCUGGACAUCUGGGGAGCUGGAUGCAUCUUCAUUGAGAUGCUCCAGGGAACGCCAGCCUUUCCAGGGGUGGCAGAUGUCUUUGAGCAGCUGCAGAAAAUAUGGGCUGUCGUAGGGGUCCCGACUGAGGAGAUGUGGCCAGGAGUGAACGAGCUGCCCAACUUCAGACCAGAGUGGUUUCAACCGUGUGCGCCCCAGCAAUUCAGGAAUGUUUGGAAAAGACUGUCCCAGUUGCCCUAUAAGACAGAGGACCUGGCCCAGCAGAUUCUGAUCACCAUCCCACGAGACCGCAUCUCGGCCCAGGAUGCACUGCAGCACCCCUAUUUCAACACGCUACCGCCCCCCAUCAUGCAGCUACGAGACACUGUAUCAGUCUUCAAGGUCCCCGGAGUGAGGCUGGAGACCGAGGUGAAAGAUAUCUUCAGUCCCAGUCGAAGGAUCAGACCGUCCCAGCUGGUGCCCUUGGCUAAGUGCUGGUGAUAAUGGACCUCUACCCCCCUGGGCUUGACCCCUAACCCCAGGUGCCCCAGCCCUGCUUGCAGGCUAGACCACUAUCUGAUCAAGAUGGAGAGGCAUGAGGCUUCACACACACAACACUUACCUACACCACCAGCAUCCUCCACCAACCUCUGCUCUUGACUCCACCCAGCAUUCCUCAGAGUUCCCAUGUAAGAAGAUAAGAGGGAGGGGUUGAAUGUUACCUGGUAUAUCACAUAUUAGAUGACGUCAGAAGUACUGUAUAUACUCUAUAUCUGAGACCCGAUGUCUGUUGUUGGUGGCAACCGAAAGCUACGCAGUGUCUAAGAGAACUGUCAGGAAGCUCAGAACUCCUUAACAUCUUCCUCCUGCUAAACCACCUCCUCCUGCUUCUUCUUCUUCCUCUUGCUUCCUCCUCCUGCUUCCUCCUCCUUCUCCUCGGCUGGUUUACCUCUUCCUCCUUCUCCCUCUCCUUCUCAGAGCAUCUCCUUGGACUCACUAGGCUCUCUCUGCCUCCUCCUAAAUGUACACUGAGAUUCAAUGAUGACGAUGGGUUAGUUUUGCAGAUGAGUGUUUUAUUUUGUACUGACAAAACAUGCAGAUAUUAUAUACCUCUUAUGUUAAAUCAGGUCCUUGUGGACCAUGAUUGUUUUUUUUGCACAGCAUGCAGGUGGGUAUCCCUUCAACAGAGUGACUGUGACGAUUGUGUGUACACUGUUGCGUUGUGUGUACACUGUUGCGUUGUGUGUACACUGUUGCGUUGUGUGUACACUGUUGCGUUGUGUGUACACUGUAAUUCAUGUUAGUAUUGAACCGUGAAACUUCCUCCUUAACACCCCAUAUAGCGUCUUUUUCAUUCGGCAAUCUUGUGAUCAAUUGUACUAUACUUGGGUGCAGCUUGCUUUUAAAAUGUGUGUUUUCGUGAGAAUGGGUGAAGGAGUGUGUGAGUCAAUAAAUGUUGCAGUCAUGA